CUUUGACACUGUUGAAGUUUUUUUUCCCCACAUGAUCUUACUUCACUUUAACAAAGUUUUAUUUCCAGUUGUCGUCGUUGACUGUUCACUCUCUGCUUCGCCUUUAUAGGCCGACCGUUUUUCGCGAAAAAGCAAUGCAAAUAUUUUCCCAAACUUCAUCUUUGGAUCAGCAAGAAAACACAUUUUCUGUGAAAUUUUCGAUGAAUUUCAUAGAACAGAACUCUGCAAAUUGAAUUUGAUUUUGAAAUGCGAGGAAACGAGUUGAAAUUUUCUGUGUGAAAUAAAGACGUCGCGGAGACAACAAAUGAAGAAUGCGUUUAGCAUGUAUUUGCCCAAUGCCAGUCCUUCUUUCCAAAAAUAUAUCGAACUGAUUGACUUCAAAUUUCACGAUUUUAUGACAAAAAAUGCUUAGUUUUUUGCUAUGUUAUGAUGGCAGUGCUUCACAGCGUAUUUUGGGAAAAGUUAACAUGUCUCGGAAAUCGGGCCCUAGCUAAUAUGCAAGGUUUUCUUUGCUAGUCACGAUGUUUAUAUGUCUUUCCUUUGUACUUGGCAUUUUUGGGCUUACUAAGCCGAAUAAAAAAAUCCUUCAUGUUACCAGAACUGGAAAACAUGUUAAGCUCACACGACCGGUUUGAAUUCUACAUGCCAAACUUUGAGGGACCCCCCCCCGGCAUAUUCCAACAGCGUAAACCAUGUUUUCCACACGUGUUGGGAGUACUAAGAUGGCGGCCAACUGGCUUCAACCAAUCAACACACCGCUAGAUAUGUAUGUGUGUUUUUUUUUCUCUUUUUUUUUUUUUUAGGUCAGUGAAGAGGACUCCACUCUGUCGAAAUUGUGGAGGAUGCACUUGCUUGCCACCACCACCCGGUGGCGCAUGCGUGCUUGUAAUUUAAUGGAACACUACCGCACAAUACCAGUCAACACAAAUCCUUUCCUUUUUUGUUAUUUAUAAUGACAGCAAGUUGAAAUUAGCCUCUACUGCGUUUUCUGCAUAAAAUGUAUACAUUUACAUUUAAAUCUAAACUCCUCCAAACUUCAUUUCCUCCAUUCCAUUUCUUAAACCAAUUGCAUUUCUUUGACCCCAAAACGUCUCGUAAAUUCAUACAACAUCUUUGUUUGUCACGAGCACAAAACCAAUCUCGGUCGACGUACAGCCUGAAGAUGGAAAAUGUUUCCUCCCUGUUCCAAUGAGGUCCGCGCGUUCUGUUCGCGUUUGAGGAAGCCAACUUCAACCCGAGUAGAAACCGUGUGUCAGAUCAGUUCCUGAAGUGAGGGAUGACGAGCGAAACCCUGAGCCGGGCGCUGCUGCUGUUCAUCGAGGUGAGCUGCCGUCGCGUGCGUUGGGCGAUUGCUGUCUGGUUAGCGAUUUAUUCGGUGAACUUGUCGGAUGGCCGUCCGUCCAGAACGCCGGCCCUGUCGUCCUUUUUUGUACCGCGGUGCCCCGUGAUCAGUCGCUGUCACUCAAAGUUGGAAUUUGAGCAAAAAGGUGCCCCUCGUCAACAGGUGAUGGCCGCGUGCUCCGUCACCCAAAGCGCGGCGACGGUCGAAGCCGACUGCGGCCAAAAUGUUGACCUCGGCUGUUCGUGUUAUGACGGCACAGAUUUCCUCUUGCUGAGCUGGUACAAGAAAGGUGAGCGGGGACGACAUUUCAUCAUCAGCAUGGACGACGGCCACACGGAGACGGACGACUUUUGCCCGGGGGCCUCGUUCGGCAAGAACUACGGCCUCUCCUUGCCUGCGGUGCGGCCCGGCGACUCGGGAACCUACAACUGUGUCAUCGCUGCGAAUGUGGGCGGUCAAAAUCAAAACUGCGUGGUCGACCUUUUGGUUCACGCUCGCGUGACCAACACCUCGCCGCCGUUGCCGACGCUCCUCCUCAACACGGUCGGCGGCACUUCGAACGGCAGCCGACACGGAGAGGAGCUGCCUCUCAAGUGGACCGUCCUGGUCUGUUUGGCAACGGGCUCGGCCAAGGUGCUCGUGUCAUGCGCAAGUAUUUGGGUCAUCCGAGCUUUCCGGGACAGAUCUUCUUGACGAGCGUGUCAAAAUCGGAAAGCGUCUUGGGGGACGCUGGGCACCGUCUCUCCUACGUGAUUCUGUUUGUUCGUCUUUGAAUUGUGUGGGAAGAAGAGGAACCAAACCAGAACAUUCCAGAAGUCUCCAUUUGUGGCCUCCACCUGAGCUUCCCCAACCUCUGAGGCAAGGCACAAAUCUUACACGUGAAACACCUCACGGAGGACCGACAAACGUCACAAAAAGUCCAUUUCGACACUUUCGCCUUCCAAUAGAAGAGCAUUUAUUGGUUCUGUCUGUUUUAUGUGCAUCUGCCAUUAAUAGAGGAACAUUACUUUUCUCUAAAUAAAUGAUAUUUUCACAUUCCGUCCAUUUUCUGAGCCGCUUAUCUUCAUAAGGGUCACGGGACCGCUGGAGGCUAUUCCCAGCUAGCUGUACACCCUGAAUUGGUCACCAGCCAAUAGCAGGGCACAUGCAGACAAGCAACCAAUCGCACUCACGAUCACACUGACGGGGCAAUCGAGAGUGUCCAAUUAAUUUCGCGGGUUUUCAGGAUGAAGAAAAGAUUUGAACGUUCAUUGACAGGGAUCACGCCGAGUCUGCAGUUCCUAUCUGCGACAGCGGGUGGCGCUUUGGGUCCAUGUUCCAGGAAUCAAGAUUGGAUGAGAAGCUGCUAGUUAGCUUCCGCUCCUUUGUUGUGUCCUCAGUCUUUUGAUUGGUCAGGAUUGGUGGCACCUUUUGGGAGGCCAGACUAAGAGGGCAGACGUUAAUUCGUGUUGGGAGCCAGCAAGGCUCCCAAUUCUAAAAUCAAUCUGGCAAAACGACGCGACAGAAGAGUCUCCGCUAGGAUGCCGGCCAAAGUUUCUA